UGAGGAGGAGUUCGGUGGAUGUGUGAGCAUGUCUUUUUUGGAGGAAUCCCCCUAGUCGGCGGAAUCAAGAAACAUAAAACCAUGGCGGAGAGAGUAAAAUCAGCCGCGGUCAGCCGGGAUAGAACGGGGGAAGCUACAAUAUCGGAGGAGGAGAUAGUCGAUAUCAUCCGGAAAAGGAAAGAGACUGAAGGACAAAGGAUAACGGCCGAUAGGUUGGCCAAGAUGGAUAUAGGGGAUGGGAACCUCACGGAGGAAGAGAAGGGAUUCAUAGCAAUGACCCUAAGGGGUUGCGAUAAGGUCAUUUUCUUUGAUGACUCGGAGAGAGGGAGAAUCGACCCAAGGUAUGCUAAGCUCACCUGGAUCCACACGAUCCCACACGUACCUUGGAAGGAUAGGCCCCAGAUGAAGUAUGCUCAAAAGGAGAAGGAGGAGAUAGUGGUUUUUAUCAAGGAAAAGAUCAGGACGUUCGUUGCGGAGCCUUGUGAGAGUGCUUACUCCAAUAAGUGGUUCUUUCUGAGAAAGGGGGGUAGCAACAAACUAAGGUGGAUAAAGAACCUCCAAAAGACCAACGCGGUCACUAUAAGGGACGUCGGAUCCAUACCGGAGGCAGACCUACUUGAGGAAGGAUCGGCAGGUCGCUCGAUAUACUCAAACUGCGAUCUCUUCUCAGGGUAUGACGAGAUCCCCUUAGACUAUCGCGAUAGGCAUAUGACAGUCAUGCAUACGCCUCUAGGGCUGGUCCAAAUGAUGGUGGUACCCAUAGGGUGGACGAAUGGCAUGGCAGUGUUCCAAAGGGCUAUGAUUGCGGUCCUCAAGGAGUUCAUACCUGAAAAGGUGGAAGUCUUCCUUGACGACUUCCCGAUAAAAGGGCCGGUCGAACGGGAUGAGACGGAGGUCUUUCUCGGGGUAAGAAGGUUCGUAGUAGACCAUAUGAGCGAUGUCAGGGAUGUCCUUGUGAAAUUGGACGAUGCUAACCUCACGGUGAGCGGAACCAAGAGCCGCUGGGGCGUGUCGUCCAUCAAGAUAUUGGGGUUCAUUUGUGACAAGGGUGGGCGGAGGCCCGACCCUGAGAAAUUAGAGAAACUGAUGACCUGGCCAUCGCCACUCAAGUCCAUAACGGAGGUCAGGCAGUUUCUAAGGGUAGUGGGCUACUUGAGAAUCUUCAUAAAAGGGUACGGUGAGAAAGCGGAACCUCUUAGCCGACUUCUUAGGAAGACGGAAGGAUGGAUUUGGGGAGAGGAACAAGCCUCGGCCAUGGAAGCCUUGAAAGAGGAAUUCCGCGAAGGGGGGCAGGUCCUAGGAGUUCCAUUCUUCGAAGACGAGGAGGGUCGCCCAUUUAUAAUUUCCACGGAUGCGGGGCCUAACUCGGUAGGAGGCCUCCUGUCUCAAAAGGACGGAGAAGGGAAGGAGAGGCCGUUGCGAUUCGAGAGCAGGACCUUGAACCCCGCCGAACGGAGUUAUAGCCAAUUCAAGAAAGAAGUGUUGGGGGUGCUAGAUUGUCUAAAGGCUUUUCGCCAUUAUCUAUACGGGCGACGAUUUCUCCUAAGGGUGGAUCCGACAGCAUUGGCCGCGGUCCUUCAAAAGGAUUUUUCGGUGACCGAUCCGACCAUCGCCCGCUGGAUGAUUCAUAUUAGGCUUUACGACUGCAGGGUCGAGAGGAUAUCGGGCUCCAAAAAUCAGGUUGCGGACGGUUUGUCCCGGCUUCCCAUUCGAGAGGGGGACCUACAGAGGCUUAAGGAGGAAGCGGUAACCAUGACCAAAGAAGAGGUAAUGAAAAUAGCCGCUAACAGGGCGCAAAUAGCGGUGAGCAGCCGGGAAGAGGAAGGGACUCUGAGGACCUUUCUCGCGAAUCUCUAUGACGGUAAGUACCGGGACAUAGGGCUGUACUUAGCCGGUAGGGAAACAGGGACCGAAAGAAUCCGGCAAGAGACGCUGGGGUAUUGCAUGCGAGGAGGCCAUCUCUUCAAGAGGCCCACCAAGUUUGCAAUACCCAUGAGGGUACUGUGCGAUCCGGAGGAAAGAAGGGCGGUCAUAAAGGAACUCCACGACGGGGUCGUCGGAGGUCAUAGGGGGGUGAAGGGUACGUUCGAUAAGGUCCGUAGGCUUUAUUGGUGGGACGGACAAUACACGAAAGUAGAGAAAUACUGUUCAACGUGUGAAGUUUGUCAGAAGAGGGCGAUGGUUUGGUACAAAGAACCCUUAGUUCCAUCGCUUCCCACAGUUCCGAGUGAGAAGGUCCACGUAGACUUAGUAACCAUGCCAAAAGUGGUCGGCGAACUUCAAUAUAUAAUCAACGCCCGGGAUGACCUUACCGGGUUCGUAGAAGCAAAGGUCAUUAACCACCGCUUCCCACAGUUCCGGGUGGAGAGGGGUCACCAGACGCCUGUGGACGCUCUAGCAAAGUGGUGCAAAGGCCACGCGGAACAAUGGUCGAGGUACUUGCAGUACGCGGUUUGGGCCGAUAAUAUCACGGUCAAGUCUAGUACGGGGUACCGUCCUUAGACCCUUUGGUUCGGUAGGCACUGUCCCUUACCCAUCGAGUUCCACAUUGACACUUGGACGAGU